AUGGCCCUUCGCAUCCUGAUUGCAGGUGGCGGCGUGGCCGGCCUGGCCGUGGCCCGCGCCCUGCGCGCCCGCUGCCCGCUGUCUGCUGCAGACAUCACUGUGUGGCAGCCGCAUCGUCCGGUCGAUGGUUGGUGGGGUGGCAUGACGCUGACGCCGUCGGCUUGCCGCGUCCUCGACGCUGCGCUUGGUGUGUGGCCUGCUGUCUCGGCAGACGAUGCCUCUGUCGCCAUUGACGCCUUUGUCACCACCGAUGCUGCCGGCGAUGAGCUGCUGCGCCUUGCCCCGGCCGCUGCGCCUGACUACGCGCCAUACGGCUACCCGAUGAUCUCGGUUGAGCGGGCGGCGCUGAUUGCGGCUCUCGCCGAUAGCGCUGCACCAGCGCCCGAAGACCGCGCGCUGGCGAGUGUGGCGCACGUGCCGGGUGCCGGGCGCACCGUUGUCGCCACCGAUGCCGACGGCGGCGCCGAUGACUUUGACCUUGUCAUUGCUGCCGACGGCAUCCACUCGGUGCUUGCGCCCAACGACGACGCACCACUGCUGGAUCUUGGCCUCAAGACCGUCCGCGGCGUGUCAGACUCGGUUGCUGCCGCCGAGGCUGUCACCGCCAUGGGCGGCGCCACGCUUGCGCUCGGCCGCGGCGUCUCGUGGUUUGCACGUGUUCUCCCGGGCGGCCGCUCGCAGUGGGCUGUCACGUUCCACUCGCCCGAAGACGCGUCGUUCCCGGAUGGCGAGCGUGGCCUUGCCCGGGUCGCCGCGCUCGCCGCCGACGCCGGCCUGCUCGCCUCCGACUCGCUUGCGGUCGCCGCCUCACUCGACGGCACGCCGUCCGACGUGCUCCGGAUCCACCAGCUCCGUGAUCGCGACCCGGCCGCCGUUGGCUCGUAUCUGGUGAGUGGUGACGACGGCGAGGUGCUGGGUGCUCGCAUCGGCGACGCUGCGCACCCGAUGUCACCGUUCUCGGGCGCCGGCGCCGUCGCCGCUCUCGAGGACGCCGCCGUACUCGCUCACACUGUUGCCGACGCCGCUGCCGGCAAGAUCGACAUCGCCCACGCGCUGCGUGCGUACAACGCGCUCCGUUUUGAAGCAGGCACCGCUAUGGUCCUUCGGGGGCGGACUGCCACCACCACCUCGCACACCCGCGGCGCUUUUACCGGCUUCCUCCGCAACAAGUUCCUCGGCUUCACCGGCUCGAUGCUGGAGCGCGCCCAGGCGGCCAACAAGGCCAACCACGUCAUCGCCGAGCACAUGUACGAUACCGCGAGCCUUGACUACGAUGCAGCAUAUGAGGCGACUGCCAGCCCCCCGGCCGACCCGUAACCAGCCAAACGAAGCCAAGCCAGACGGUAAAACCUCCAUCUGCCA